UAGAGUCAUUUCGUGCGCUUUCGCAGAGACGACGACGACGCACACAGCCUUCUUCACUUCUCACUUCUCUACGUUUUUUUUUCACCUGAAAUUUCACUUGUGCUUCGUCUUCCAGAGGUGGAUCUCUAACUUGGGUGAUGGUGUAAUUUAAAAUUAAGAUGACAUCUUCGCAUAAUAUCGAGUUGGAGGCAGCUAAGUUUCUGCAUAAACUUAUUCAAGAUUCUAAAGAUGAGCCUGCAAAGCUAGCAACUAAACUUUAUGUGAUAUUGCAGCACAUGAAAACCAGCGGAAAGGAACACUCAAUGCCUUAUCAAGUCAUAUCUAGGGCCAUGGACACUGUAGUCAAUCAACACGGUCUUGACAUUGAAGCUUUGAAGUCAUCGUGUCUUCCUCAUGCUGGUGGUACCCAAACGGAAGAUUCUGGGUCUGCUCAUUUGGCUGGGUCUUCCCAAGUGGUUGGAGUUAGCAAUGAGGGCAAAGCAAGUCUAGUUGAAAAUGAGAUGUCAAAAUAUGAUGCAUUCACUUCUAGUAGGCAGCUUGGUGGAUCAAACAGUGCAUCACAAACCUUUUACCAAGGGUCUGGAACUCAAAGUAACAGAUCAUUCGAUCGUGAGAGUCCAUCCAACAUGGAUUCUACGUCGGGGAUCUCUCAAUCUCAAAGGGAGGGCAAGUCAAGUGGAAAGAGAAAGAGAGGUGAAUCAUCACUUUCAUGGGACCAGAAUAUGGAUAACUCUCAAAUAUUUGAUAGCCACAAGAUUGAUGAUCAGACUGGAGAAGUAAGCAAAAUAGAAAUGCCUGGUAAUUCAGGUGACAUUAGGAAUAUGCAUGUUGGGUUGUCAUCAGAUGCUUACACUAAUCCACAGUGUGGCUGGCAAAAUAGCGAAGUCACAGCAACCAGGCCUCCAGUACAUAAAGAAGCUGGAAAUAAUGUUGCAGCAGAGGGAUCACUGCCCUCAGGUUCACCUUUUAGAGAGCAACAAUUGAAGCAGCUCAGAGCCCAGUGCCUUGUGUUUCUAGCUCUCAGAAAUGGUUUGGUGCCAAAGAAACUGCAUGUAGAGAUCGCCCUUCGAAAUACUUUCCGCGAAGAUGACGGUUUCCGCGGAGAAAUGUUUGAUUCCAAAGGGAGAACACAUACGUCCAGUGAUUUGGGUGGCAUUCCUGACGUCUCUGCACUGUUGUCAAGACCAGACAAUCCCACUGGAAGAUUGGAUGAAAUGGACUUCUCAUCCAAAGAAACCGACAGAUCAAGAUUAGGGGAAAGAAGUUUUGCAAAUACUGUAUUUUCUGACGGGCAAAAGCUGCUAGCAUCUAAAAUUCCAGGCUCUCAAGCACAAAACCAAGUUGCUGUCAGUCAUUCCCAACUGGCCUUUUCUCCUGGUUUGACCAAACACACACCAUCGGAGAUGGUGGGGUGGGCUGGAGUAAUCAAAACUAAUGACCUCUCAACUUCAGCUGUUCAACUCGAUGAGUUUCACGCUUCUGAUGAAGAGCAAGGUAAAUUGCUACCAUCACCUAAGUACACCAUGUCGCAGAAAUGGAUUAUGGGUCGACAGAAUAAGAGACUAUUGGUUGAUCGGAGUUGGUCUCUUAAACAGCAGAAAGCCGACCAGGCAAUUGGGGCACGGUUCAGUGAGUUGAAGGAAUCUGUGAGUUUGUCUGAGGAUAUAUCUGCAAAGACCAAGAGUGUAAUAGAACUGAAAAAGCUUCAGCUGUUAAAUCUGCAACGGCGUUUGAGGAGUGAGUUCGUGUACAACUUCUUCAAACCUAUUGCAACUGAUGUUGAGCAUCUAAAGUCAUAUAAGAAACAUAAGCAUGGCCGGAGAAUUAAGCAGCUUGAAAAGUAUGAGCAGAAGAUGAAGGAAGAGAGACAAAGAAGAAUUCGUGAGAGACAAAAGGAGUUCUUUGGGGGGUUAGAAGUUCACAAGGAUAAACUAGAGGAUUUGUUUAAAGUUAAGAGAGAAAGAUUGAAGAGUUUCAAUAGGUAUGUAAAGGAGUUCCACAAAAGAAAGGAACGGCUUCACCGCGAGAAGAUUGACAAAAUUCAACGUGAGAAGAUCAAUUUGCUAAAGAUAAAUGAUGUGGAGGGUUAUCUCCGGAUGGUGCAGGACGCCAAGUCAGAUCGAGUAAAGCAACUACUCAAAGAGACUGAAAAGUACCUUCAGAAACUUGGAUCCAAGUUAAAGGAGGCUAAAUCUUUGACCAGUCGAUUUGAGAAUGAGGGAGAUGAAACACGUAUGUCAAAUGCGACCGAAGAUGAAACUUUGGUUGAAAAUGAAGAUGAGAGUGACCAAGCAAAGCACUACCUGGAAAGCAACGAAAAAUACUACUUGAUGGCUCACAGUAUAAAAGAAAAUAUUAAUGAGCAGCCAUCGUGCCUAGUGGGUGGAAAGUUAAGAGAGUACCAAAUGAAUGGCUUAAGGUGGCUACUUUCACUGUACAACAAUCACUUAAAUGGCAUUUUAGCUGAUGAGAUGGGUCUCGGGAAAACUGUUCAGGUUAUUUCUUUGAUUUGCUAUCUGAUGGAGACGAAAAAUGACAGAGGUCCCUUUUUGGUUGUUGUACCAUCUUCGGUUCUGCCUGGUUGGCAGUCAGAGAUUAACUUCUGGGCCCCAUCAAUUCAUAAAAUUGUUUACUGUGGGCCUCCUGAGGAAAGGCGCAAACUAUUUAAGGAGCAAAUUGUUCAUCAGAAGUUCAAUGUCCUUCUGACGACAUACGAGUAUCUUAUGAAUAAGCAUGAUAGACCGAAAUUAAGCAAGAUUCACUGGCAUUAUAUUAUUAUUGAUGAAGGACAUCGCAUAAAGAAUGCAUCCUGCAAGCUGAAUGCAGACCUGAAACAUUAUGUUAGCUCCCACCGACUCCUGUUAACCGGAACCCCAUUGCAGAACAACCUAGAAGAAUUGUGGGCUCUGCUUAAUUUCCUGCUGCCUAAUAUUUUCAACUCGUCAGAAGACUUUUCACAGUGGUUCAACAAACCAUUUCAAAGUAAUGGAGAAAAUUCUGCUGAGGAGGCGUUGCUAUCAGAAGAAGAGAAUCUACUGAUCAUCAAUCGACUUCAUCAAGUUCUUCGACCAUUUGUGCUGCGUCGGCUGAAACAUAAGGUUGAGAAUGAGCUUCCUGAAAAGAUAGAGAGAUUGAUACGCUGCGAGGCUUCGGCUUAUCAGAAGUUGUUGAUGAAGAGGGUUGAGGAUAAUUUGGGCUCGAUUGGAAAUGCGAAGUCUCGUGCAGUGCACAACUCAGUAAUGGAGCUUCGGAAUAUUUGCAAUCAUCCAUAUUUAAGCCAACUGCAUUCAGAGGAGGUCAAUAACAUAAUUCCUAAGCAUUUUCUGCCCCCAAUUGUAAGACUGUGUGGGAAGCUUGAGAUGUUGGAUCGGCUUUUGCCUAAACUCAAAGCAACAGACCAUCGGGUUCUUUUCUUUUCCACAAUGACGAGGCUUCUUGAUGUUAUGGAAGAUUACCUCACCUUGAAGGGGUACAAAUACCUUAGGUUGGAUGGGCAAACAUCGGGGGGUGAUCGUGGUGCUCUUAUCGAUGGUUUCAACAAGUCGGGUUCCCCAUUUUUCAUAUUUCUGUUAAGCAUACGGGCUGGUGGAGUAGGAGUUAAUCUCCAAGCUGCUGAUACUGUGAUAUUAUUUGACACCGACUGGAAUCCUCAGGUUGAUCUGCAAGCUCAAGCAAGGGCGCACAGGAUUGGCCAGAAAAAAGAUGUGCUUGUUCUUCGUUUUGAAACGGUCAAUUCGGUUGAGGAGCAAGUCAGAGCUUCAGCUGAGCACAAACUUGGAGUUGCUAACCAGAGUAUAACCGCUGGCUUCUUUGACAAUAACACAAGUGCUGAAGAUCGUAAGGAAUAUCUGGAAUCCCUUUUGCGUGAAUCAAAGAAAGAGGAGGAUGCCCCAGUAUUGGAUGAUGAUGCCUUAAAUGAUCUUAUAGCUCGAAGGGAGUCAGAGAUUGAUAUCUUUGAGUCCAUCGACAAGCAAAGGAAAGAAAAUGAGAUGGAAACAUGGAAUACCUUGGUACAUGAGCCGGGGUCUGAUAGUUUUGACCAUUUAACACCUAUACCCUCUCGGCUUGUUACUGAAGAUGAUUUAAAACUAUUAUAUGAAACAAUGAAACUCAAUGAUGUCCCGAUGGUUGCAAAAGAAUCAACUGUUGGCAUGAAACGGAAGGAUGGAUCAAUGGGAGGCCUGGAUACUCACCAAUAUGGAAGAGGGAAACGAGCAAGAGAGGUUCGAUCUUAUGAAGAGAAAUUAACAGAGGAGGAGUUUGAGAAGUUGUGUCAGACUGAGCCACCUGAUUCUCCCCAAGGCAAGGGCGAAGGAAGUGAAAAAAGCUUGGCGGAUGAUACAUCAGUUAUACCAUUUGAAACGUCUAUUGACACACUACUCCCUACAUCUCCGACAAAGGCAAUAACUUUACAACCAAUGGAACCUCUAAGGACACAGCCGCAGCCCCUGAAAGAAGAAACACAACCUAUCAAACGGGGCCGUGGUAGGCCGAAGAGAACGGAUAAAACCUUGACUCCGGUAUCGUUAUCAGCUGUAAGCAGGACACAGGCAACAGGGAAUGCUAUCUCAUUGGCAGUAACUGGUCCUGAUUUUGGUAGUCCGGAUAAAAAGCUAGAAGCAGCUUCUAAUUCUAGUUCGUCUCUGGCCCUGACAUCGCCUGAUUUAUCUGCUCCUCCUGGGUUUCAAUCAUUGCCAGCAUCUCCCGCUCCUAUGCCAGUAAGAGGCCGAGGUAGGGGAAGAAGCAGGGGGCGUGGAGCAGGAAGGGGAAGAAGAGGUGAAGGUGUAUUGCAUGGUUCCAACAGUUCUAGUACUCAGAGAACUGAAACCGCUGCAUCUCUUUCUAGGGAUCCAGAAGCUACAAACUCUAGUCUUCCUCCUGCAUCUGAGAUUGUUUCUAGAGUCCCUAAACCUAGUGACGGAAGUACUUCGUAUCCUGAUCCAGUACCUCCUGUGCGUUCUGUAACUACUUCAGUCCAAUCAGACAAAGCAGCAGAUAGUAACCUAGAUGCACCACCUGGGUUUGAUUCAGGAUCCCAUGCUCAGACGCUAAAUGUACUUGAGAAUUCAUUGGAAAGAAAAGCAGCUGCUGUAAAGAAGAGCAUCCAGCAUCCAGGACUUAAUAAAAAGCCACAUGAUUUGCCAGUCUCCACUAGCUCUACUUUUUCGGGUGCUGGCCCAAUACAAAAUCAGAGUGCUGUCUCUUCUGUUUGUGAUGGAUCCAAAAGUCCUUCUGUAGCCUCUGUUGAGGCUGUAAAAAAUAAACAUCCAGAGGGUCGAACAUAUACAGCUUUGCCAGGUGUGACAGCUGCACCUUCUGAUGCUACUCUGCCAGUGAGUUCGCAACCUGGUGGUUCUACAGUUGAAGCUCAAGAAGCCAAUGUUCCUUCUCUUCCUGCAGCCGUUCCUGCUAAGAGGCGAGGCCGCAAUUUGCCAAGUAGAGGAGAAACUCCCAGACGCCAAGGAAAGAGGCGUGGCCAAGCUUUACCUGCUACUGAUGGCUCUUCUGGUAGGAGUACAGGAUUAACACCACAAAUAGAGGUCAAGGUUGGUAAUUCAUCAGGCACCAAAGCUAUAUCGGCUGGAAAUAAGUGUGAUGCUGUUGCCAAAGAACAACCCCACUUAAGCCAGUCAGUUGCAUCCGAUAUUCACUCUUCUGGUAGCUUGGGUCAGGAAAGUAGAAGAGACACCUCUGGUAUUGGUGGUUCUGCUAGGAAACAAACUGCUGAUGUAACUGAUGUUGCUCGUGUCAUGAAAGAGAUCUUUUCAGAGACUUCCCUAUUAAAACAUAAAGUUGGAGAGCCUUCUGCAACAACGAAAACAAAUGCGCCUGACGCACAAUCCCCAAGUGAGAUGAAUUUGCACAGAGUUGAAACCCACGAGGCAGAGAAUGAAAUCCAAUCUGCGAAGCGAAUGGAAGAGGAUUCUUGUGGUGUUAAGACUCAAGAAGCUCCAUAUAACUUGAGGAAGGAAGAAAAAAUUGUUUCAGAUGUUUCUCAUCCUGUUCCUGGUAAUCUGACAACUUCAGGUUCAGUUGCAAACAAGGCUGAUGACAUUGGAUCGACUAAGGCUAUUUCCGAGAAUGACCUUGUCAAGAUUCCGGGUGGUGAAGUAGAUUCUUCUGUGAUAUCCCCCACUUUGGGAAAUGCUUUUGCUGCUAAGUCGUCUUUGGAAAAGUGCUCUACAGAUCAGCUUGUGGUAGAAAAAUUGUCUCAAGAUACUGUUCAUGGUGAAACAUGCCGCGUGAGUGUAGACCUGUCCGAAGAAACAGCAUCUUCAUUGAGUUAUGUUCGAUCUGAGCCUAUUGCAUCUGCGUCGACAACUGCGGAACCUCUACCAACUGAAAAGUUGGAAACAAAUAUUUCUUUUCAAGUAGAAGGUGAAAGAAGAGAAGACGAGAAUGGUGAAAGAAGAGAAGCUAUCCUCCUAAGUCCGGAAGAAAAGACGAAUGUUAACUCCAAGAUUGAGACACAUUCUGAGGAACUUCAAGCCAGUAGAACAGAUGAAGUUCCUCAUGUGGAUGGAGAAUCUGUUGAAACUGCAAAUCAGACGGUUAAAGAAGAUGAGGCAACCAAUUCUGUUGAAGUUCAAUCGUCUAUGCUGGUGACUGAUGAAUUGCCUAAUGUUAGACAAAAGGGUCACAGUAACAUUGACAUGCAGACAUUGGUAGUUACAAGCAAAGAGAACUCUAUGUCCCUUGACGAUACAGAUAAUGAUCCUAUAUCUAAAUCUGCUAAUACAGAACAAGAUCCUGAAGAAUCUGUUUCGGUCCAAGGUGUUGAUAGGCCUAAAGUUGGUACUGCUGACACACAGAUGGAGGAUACCGAUGAUGCCAAACUUCUAGUGGGCUGUUCAGUUGAAAAUGAGGAGAAAGAGAAAACUCUUCAAUCCCAUAUGCCCAGUGGUGAUGCUGUUAGCCAUGCAAUGGAAGCGAUAAAAGAUAGUGAAGGAGAUGAUUUACAUGGAAAGUCUCUAGUUUCCUGUCCAGCAAUGGAAGCGAUGGAACAUAAGGGGCUUGAAUCAGAGACACAUGCUCAUACAGAAUCAAGUGGUAUUGAUAGGGAAAAUGAAAUAUCAGAAAGUAUGUCUGAUGGCGAAAAAAUGAAUAUUUCAUCUGUGCAGGUCCCAGAUGCAUCUCAUGAUUUAAAAGUACCACAGGAUCCAACAGACCGUGAACACAUGCAAGAAAAUGCGGAUGUACCUGCAUCACCUCACAGAGCAGCGCCAAACAUUGUGGUUUCCCAGUCUGAAGGAAAACAGUCUCCAAGUAUCUUACCGGACGAUGUGGCAAGACAACUAGAAAGUAUGUCUAGUGACGAGAAAAUGAAUAUUUCAUCUGAGCAGGUCCCAGAUGCAUCACAUGAUUUAAAAGUACCACAGGAUCCAACAGAUAUUCCCCUAGUUGGUGGGACAGACCCUGAACACAUGCAAGAAAAUGCGGAUGUACCUGCAUCACCUCACAGAGCAGCGCCAAACAUUGUGGUUUCCCAGUCUGAAGGAAAACACUCUCCAAGUAUCUUACCGGACGAUGUGGCAAGACAACUAGAAAGUAUGUCUAGUGACGAGAAAAUGAAUAUUUCAUCUGAGCAGGUCCCAGAUGCGUCACAUGAUUUAAAAGUGCCACAGGAUCCAACAGAUAUUCACCUAGUUGGUGAGACAGACCCUGAACACUUGCAAGAAAAUGCGGAUGUACCUGCAUCACCGCACGGAGCAGCACUAAACAUUGUGGUUUCCCAGUCUGAAGGAAAACAGUCUCCAAGUAUCUUACCGGACGACGUGGCAGGACAACUAGAAAGUAUGACUAAUGAUGAAAAAAUGAAUAUUUCAUCUGAGAAAGUCCCAGAUGUGUCACAUGGUUUGAAAGUGUCCCAGGAUCAAACAGACGUUCCCCUAGUUGGUGAGGAAGUCCCUGAAAAUUUGCAAGUGAACGAGGAUGUGUCCAAGUCUGAGGAAAUUCAGUCUCCAAGUAUCUUGCCUGACGAGGUACCAGGACAACCAGACGAUGGCAACUGUGAGCAAAUGGAUACCAUGCAGAACAGUGCCUAUAUUGAUGUUGGCAUAAUUUCAGGUAAGACGUGUGAGCCUUCGUCUUCUAUCCAGUCUGAGGAUGAGAACAAUAAAAAUUUAUCACAGUGUGAACCGGCAGAAGUAGUUGAACAAAGGGAUUUAAGGGAUCAAAUUUGCACAGGGUCUGUGGAAUCUCAGGUAGAGAUAACCGCUGCUAUUCUUGAAAAUAAAUCAGCUAAUAUCCAGCCCCUGCAAUCCAUUUUGGUUGAUCAAAUGGAUACAGAAGAAUCCAAAAAUCCUUGUGUCGCUAAUAUUUGCAACACUAAUUUAAGUGUUGAUGCGUCUUUACACCAAUUAGCUGAUAUCCACGCCGAGCCAACCAUUUUGCUUGAUCAAAUGGAUACUGAUGAAUCCAAAGAUCCUUGUGCCAGUAAUAUUUGCAACACUGAUAUUAGUGCUGAUCUGUCUUUACACCAGUUAGCUGAUAUCCAGCCCGGGCCAUCUAUUUUGGUUGAUCAAAUGGAUACUGAAGAAUUCAACGAUCCUGAUGCCAAUCAUAUUUGCAACACUGAGAGACGUGCUGAUGUUUCUUUAGACCAGUUAGCUGAUAUCGAGAGCUCAUCAUCUCAUACAGUUGUGCAAAAGGACAUUGAGGAUCAAGAUCAAGUUGAAGCUUCUGGAUGUGAGUUAGUUGCUGUCUCGACCUUAACAGAACCUCAAAUUCCAUUACCACCAUCCACAGAGCCAGUGGUUGCUGAAGGUACAGAAUCCCCUUCUUUCCUUCCAAUGACGGCGAAAGAAAAUGCCGAGAGGCAAGUAGCUGAUAUUGAGCACUCAUCGCCUCCUACAGUUCUGGAAAAGAACAUUGAGACACAAGAUCAAGAUCAAGUUGAAACUGCUGUAUCUGAAUUAGGUGAUGUCUCUACUGAAUGUUCGACAGAACCUCAAGUUCAAUUACCGCCAUCUGCAGAGCCAGUGAUUGCCGAGUGUACAGAACAUUCUUCGUCCCUCCCAAUGAUGGAGGAAGAGAAUGCUGAUAUCAAGCCCUCGUUGUCUCCUAAGACUGUGGAAAAGAACAGUGAGGAUCACGUUCAAGUUGAAACUGCUGGUUGUGAGUUAGUUGAUGUCUCUACCGGAUGUUUGUCAGAACUUCAAGUUCCUUUACCGUCGUUCGCAGAGCCAAAGGGAGAUAUGCACACUCACUUAGACAAAACAAAGAAAUCUGAAAUCGUGGUUGCCGAAGGUACAGUAUUCCCUUCAUCUCUCCCAAUGACGGAGGAAGAAAAUGCCGAGAGCCAAUUAGUUGAUGUCAUGCCCUCAUCGUCUCCUAUGGUUGUCGAAGAGGAUCAAGUUGAAACUGAUGGAUGUGGGUUAGUUGAUGUCUCUACUGGUUCUUCGGCACAACCUCAAGUUCAAUUACCGCCAUUCACUGAGCUAGUGGAAGGUACACGCGAUCAUUUAGAGGCAACAACGGAAUCUGAAACUGUGGUUACUGAGAGCCAAUUAGCUGAUAUAGAGCCAUCAUCGUCUCUUAGAGUUGUGCAUAAGAACAUCGAGGAUCAAGAUCAAGUUGAAACUGCUGGAUGUGAGUUAGUUGAAGGUUCAGAACCUCAAGUUCAAUUACAGUCAUCUGCAGAGCCAGAGGAAGGCAUGCACGUUCACUUAGAGGCAGCAAAUACAUCUGAAACCUUGGUUGCUGAAGGUUCAGAAUUCGCUUCAUCUCUCUCAAUGACGGGUAAAGAACAUUCAGAGAACCAAUUACCUGAUAUCGAUCCCUCAUUGUCUCUUACAGUUGUGCAAACAAACAUUGAGGAUCAAGAUCAAGUUGAAACUGCUGAAUGUGAAUUUGUUGAUGUCUCUACGAGCUGCUCGUCAGAACCUCAAGUUCAAUUACUCCCAUCCCCAGAUGCAGUGGGAGGUAUGCACGUUCACAAAGAAACCGUGGUUGCUGAAGAUACAGAGACGCCUUCAUCCCUCCCGAAGAUGGAGGAAGAAAAUGCCGAGAACCCAUCGGACAGGCUUGAUGGUGAAUCCGACAGUGCAAAUGUUGCUGUUGUUGAAGGAAGUUGUGUCGAGCCAAAUUCACUGGUCACCGAAAAGAGCAAAGCAGAGGAACCAAAAGACAAUGAUAAUGUUUAGUUCAUUUCUUCUACAUUAAGUUGUAAAACUUUGAUUAUCUAAUAUCAGGAACUCUUAGUAACACUUUAUUCUAUUGUAUCGUUUUGAAGAAUGAAAGCCCGUAAAUUAAGAAGCUUGUAUCGCCUAAAAAAUUAGUUUCCUAUGUUCUGUUGAAGAUGUGUAGACUGUAUCUGACUUGGUGUCGUAUUCUCUGAAAAAAAUUUCAUUACCUAA